AUGCCGCAACAACUGCCGCCCAAAGAAGCGGCACAGUUCCGACAAGUAAUUCGGAGCUAUGAGGAGAAACAAUAUAAAAGGGGCUUGAAAACCGCAGACCUGAUACUCAAAAAGAAUCCCAAACAUGGAGACACCAUGGCUAUGAAAGCGCUCAUUUUGAAUGGCCAAAGCAAGACCGAGGAGGCUUUCACUCUUGCCAAGGAAGCUCUGAGAGCCGACAUGAAGUCGCAUAUCUGUUGGCAUGUAUAUGGUCUUCUCUACCGAUCUUGUAAGAACUUCGAGGAAGCUAUCAAGGCUUAUAAGUUUGCUCUGAAACUCGAACCAGAGUCCGCACAAAUCCAGAGAGACUUGGCCAUUCUACAGGUCCAGAUGCGAGAUUACGAUGGGUAUAUUCAAAGUCGAAAUGCCAUGCUUCAAGCCCGACCACAAUUACGCCAGAGCUGGACGGCUCUCGCAAUCGCGAAUCAUCUCUCUGGGAAUUUGACAGAGGCCGAGAACGUAUUGACGACAUACGAAGGCACGCUGAAAACAACGCCACCGCGCCACGACAUCGAGCACUCCGAAGCGGUUAUGUAUAAAAACUCUUUGAUUGCUGCUCAAGGUGAUUACGAGCGUGCUUUGGAGCACCUAGAUACUGCUUGCAAGCACAAUUUGGAUCGCCUGGCUGUCUUGGAAAAUAGAGCCGACUACUUAGCCAGGCUCGGGAGAAAUAAUGAGGCAGCCAAAGCUUACCGAGUCCUACUCGACCGCAAUUCAGAGCACGCAGUGUACUAUGAGAAAUUGGCAGUGGCAUUGAACAUACCCGAAAAUGACUUCAAAGCGCGAAAGGCAUUGUAUGAUCAAUAUGCAGAGAAAUAUCCGCGUUGUGAUGCCGCAAAGCGUAUUCCCUUAGACUUUCUUUCUGGCGACGACUUCAAGGCUGCAGCUACCUCUUAUCUCACACUGAUGUUCAAUAAAGGAGUUCCCUCCACGUUUGCCAAUCUGAAGCACUUGUAUUCCGAUUCCUCCAAAAAGGGUACCCUCGCUGCCAUUGCGGAUGAAUAUCUGAAGUCCCAAUCCAACGUCACCGCAAGCAAGGAUCGAGGAGAACCUGCGGCGCUGUAUUUCUUGGCCCAACACUACAAUCACCACCUCGACCGAGAUCUUUACAAAGCAAUGGAGUACAUUGAUAAGGCAAUUGAGAGAGAUCCAAAGAGCGUGGAUCUUCACAUGACCAAAGCACGGAUCCUGAAGCACAGAGGCGACAUUGGGAAAGCCGCGGAGAUGAUGGAUGCAGCCCGUAGGCUUGACGUCAAAGAUCGUUACAUUAACAGCAAGGCCGCUAAGUAUCAACUCCGAAACAACGAGAAUGACAAAGCUUUGAAGACGGUUGGCCUUUUUACGCGUGCAGACACUGUCGGCGGGCCCCUUGCGGAUCUUUUGGAUAUGCAGUGUAUCUGGUACCUAACUGAAGAUGGGGAGGCAUUUGCGAGGCAAAGGAACAUUGGCCUUGCUCUCAAACGAUUUCAUGCUGUCGCCAGUAUAUUCGAUGUUUGGCAAGAAGAUCAGUUUGAUUUCCAUACGUUUUCUCUCCGGAAGGGUCAGAUUCGUGCCUAUAUUGAAUUGAUCCGAUGGGAGGAUCAUGUCCGCGACCAUCCCUUUUACUCGCGCGCCGCAAUAGACGCCAUCAAUUUGUACCUGGAUUUGUCCGAUAAGUUAUCAGCCAACGGAGUGAAUGGUGCUGAAACUGAGAAUGGAGAUGAUGCGCUGGCUAAAAAGAAGGCCGCCAAAAAGGCCAAGAGAGAGUUACAACGAAUGGAAAGAGAGACUGCGGAGAAGCAAGCUAGGAAAGAUCCAAACAAAGGGAACCAAGGGGGGGAAGCUAAAAAGAAAGAUGAAGAUCCUUUGGGCCUCAAGCUUGCAGCCACGAGGGAUCCGCUCGGGGAAGCAAUGAAAUUCCUUAACCCGCUGCUUCGCGCUUGUCCCAAAAGCCUCAAUGCACAGCAUACUGGGUUUGAGGUUUACAUUCGCCGUAAAAAAUUUGUACCAGCUCUUCGUUGCCUUAAUGCUGCACUUGCUAUAGACUCUGCUGACCUAAAGACUAAGAGGCAAGUAAAUAAAUUUAUGGCAGGUAUUAAAGAGGCUUCCGAUCUACCAUAUAAGGUAAUGGAAGUUUUAACUACGUCAUUUCAGGAGGUUUUGUAA